UUCGGUUAUUAAAUAGACUGUUCACGCAAUUGAGCCCCCCCUCCCUUUUUAAGGUGCAUUUUCUCUCUCCAAAUCACUCUCUCUCUCUCUCUCUCUCUCUCUCUCUCUCUCCAAUUCUGUAUAUACGUACAUUCAACAGUGGUGCAUACAAGCAGAGAGAGGGAGGUAGAGAGACAGAGAGAUGGCGUUCGAGAAGAUCAAGGUCGCUAACCCAAUCGUCGAGAUGGAUGGAGAUGAGAUGACCCGAGUCUUCUGGAAAUCAAUAAAGGAUAAGCUUAUUCUCCCUUUCUUGGAGUUGGAUAUUAAGUACUUUGACCUUGGCCUUCCUCAUCGUGAUGCAACUGAUGAUAAAGUUACUAUUGAAAGUGCGGAAGCAACUCUUAAGUACAAUGUAGCAAUCAAGUGUGCAACCAUUACUCCAGAUGAAGGUCGUGUGAAGGAGUUUAAUUUGAAGCAGAUGUGGAAGAGUCCUAAUGGUACCAUUAGGAAUAUUCUGAAUGGCACGGUCUUCAGAGAACCAAUUAUUUGCAAAAACGUUCCCCGGCUCAUCCCAGGGUGGACAAAGCCUAUAUGCAUUGGAAGGCAUGCGUUUGGAGAUCAAUACAAAGCAACUGAUACAGUCAUCAAAGGACCUGGAAAGCUCAAAUUGGUGUUUGUACCAGAAGGAAAAGACGAGAAGACAGAGUUGGAGGUUUACAACUUCAGUGGUGCUGGAGGAGUGGCUUUGUCCAUGUACAACACUGAUGAGUCCAUUUAUGCUUUUGCUGAAGCUUCAAUGAACACUGCUUACCAGAAAAAAUGGCCUCUUUAUCUUAGCACAAAGAAUACUAUUCUUAAGAAAUAUGAUGGGAGAUUCAAGGACAUAUUUCAGGAAGUGUACGAGACCAAGUGGAAACCAAAGUAUGAGGCUGCAGGGCUAUGGUAUGAACACCGACUCAUUGAUGAUAUGGUUGCUUAUGCUCUUAAGAGUGAAGGAUGUUAUGUAUGGGCUUGCAAAAACUAUGAUGGGGACGUGCAGAGUGAUUUCUUAGCACAAGGGUUUGGAUCUCUUGGUUUGAUGACGUCUGUUCUGGUAUGCCCUGAUGGAAAGACCAUAGAAGCUGAAGCAGCCCAUGGCACUGUUACACGCCAUUACAGGGUUCACCAGAAUGGUGGUGAAACCAGCACAAAUAGCAUAGCAUCAAUCUUUGCAUGGUCCAGAGGGCUUGCACACAGAGCAAAGUUGGAUGAUAAUGCAAGACUCUUAGACUUCACUGAGAAGCUGGAAGCAGCUUGCAUUGGCGUUGUGGAGUCUGGGAAGAUGACCAAAGAUCUUGCACUUAUAAUACAUGGAUCUAAGCUUAUCAGACAACACUAUCUUAAUACCGAGGAGUUCAUCAAUGCCGUGGCGGAUGAUUUGAAGGCAAGGCUUUCUUGCAGAGCCAAACUGUAGUUCCUGAUAGGUGAUUUGAAGACCCCAACAGCGUUUCCCAUUUGUAUGGGUUUCGGAAAGAAGAAUAAAGGGGAUAUCGCUAGGAGGAAUAAAGGGGUGAACGAGAAGAUUUGGGUAGUUGUCUUUUCUAACACCUGCGAUUUCUAAUUGCCAUCAACGUGUUGUAUGAAUCACAUAAUCUUAAAUGGAUGCACCACUUUGUUUCGUCA